CAGACCGUCGCGCCGCCAUUUUGAAAAGUUAUUUUGUGACGAAGAAAAUUUCGGGCCAACUUGGGUUCAUAAACGAGCGGUCUGGCUGACAGUUUCUUGGUGCCAUUGUUGACGUAAGGGUGACUGCCAUGGAUGAGGUUCCACAGCUGAAGGAGGAUGUCCGUCGGUUACGGGAGAAACUCCGUAACAACGAGGCAGACCUGCACCUGGCUGCACAGGCAGGGAAACAGCUGCUGGAGGCCAACAGCGAGCUACAGCUGCAGCUGGAGGGAGUGCACAAGGACUACACCAAGAAGAUUGAGUCCCUGGAACAGGAGAAGUACAGUCUGCAGCUGAAAGUGGACGCUGUACGGGGACAGCUGGAGGCUCAGAUCGCUGACCUGGACAUACAGCGGCGGGACGAGGUGGCCAAGGAGAGACAGCAAAGGGAACAGCUCAUGACUGAGCAUGCUCACAAAGUCAAGACUCUCACUGACCAGAUUCGUGACUUGAAAAACUCCCAGGAGGAAGCUGCCAUGCUGGAACAGCAGCUGCGAGACAAGGUGGAACAGCAGGAACAGCUGCUGUCUGAGGCCCAGAGCCAGCGAAGGGACCCUAACAUGUCCAUCAGCCUGGGAGAGGACACCAUGGCACUACAACUGGAGCUGGAUCAACUAAGAACUGACAAGACAAACCUAGGUCUGCAGCUGCGGGACUCGGAGGACACAGUGCAGCAGCUGCGCUUCAGCCUGGACAAGCUGCAGCAAAACUCCGCAGCACUCCAGCACGAGCUGCAGGAGACAGAGAGGAAGGCAACAGGCUUCUACAAUGCACUGGAGAAAAGUCGUGAGGACAUCCUGGGACUAGAGGCACAGAUAGAAGCCCUGAAGCUCCAGUCUGUAGACCCCAACAGUCGGGGCAACUCACUCUUCGCUGAGGUGGAGGACCGUCGUGUGGCUGUGGAGAAGAAGAUGAUCAGCCUACAGGUACAGCACGAGUCUCUGAAGAAACAGCACAUGGCAACAAAGCAGCAGCUUCAGAAGUUGAAGGCCCAGUUUGCUGCCCUGCUACAGAUGGGAGGGGGACGGGCGGAUGCCUCUCAGGUCCAGCGGCUGGAACAGGCGCUGUCCCAGAGCCGUGCUGAAACACAAGUGCUGUCCAACAAGCUCAAGGCCACCGAGAAACAGCUGGAGCUGGUGGACAACAACCCCAGGAAGACCUUUGAACAGUACCAGAGUAACUUCACCGAGCUCGGAGGCCGCAAAGACUACGCUGCCUUCCUGGAGGAUAGACUCAAGGAGUCAAAGGAGGAGACCAAAAAAGUGAAGGGCCAGUUGGAGCAGCAGAAGUUCCUGCAGAUGGCAGACAGGGACAGGCUGCUGCACUGUGAGAGGAAACUGUACGAGGCCGAGAGCAAGGCUGAGUCCCUCCACGGGCAGAACAUGAAGCUACUGGUGCAGCUGGAGGACAUGAAGCUCAAAUAUCAACCAGAACUGCUUGACAGCACCAAGGUUCGAACUGGAAGGUUGGAGAAAAUCCCCCUGGGGAAGACAAAGGACAAGACAGCAUCGACUGCAGCUGCCGGCGCUGACAAGGGAAUAGCAGGGAAGAUAGCUGGGGACAGCGUAGUAGUGAGUGGUGCUGUCAAGAACAGCACUAACACAGCUGCAAAAACCACAGGGAAUGAUAGUACUACAGAAAGUCCUGCCAAUAACAGUAAACCAACAAAUGUUAGCAAAGAGAGUGAUAGCGCAGUACCCAGUGAGGCAGUUAGGGGGAGCUGCAGUAAUGAAGCAGCAAAGGAAAAUGCCCCUACUGACCCUGACAAUAUCAGCACCAAAAAUGUACAGAAGGGAAAGCAAACUGAAAUGAAGGAAGAGUUGAACAUGGAAACAGAGGAGUUUGUCAGUUCAAGGAAGGUUCGCUUUGAUGCCCCCAUACAGCCAGUCGGUAGGUUGUCUGUGAUUGGUCGCAGGGAUUAUGACAGUGAUGAUGAUGACGAUGAUGAAGAUGAUUCAAGAAGUGUGAGGCGACCUAUUGGUAGAGGGCGGAAGUCACAUAAAGUCGUACACGUGCCUUCAGAUGGUAGACCAGAAUGUAAGCAACAAUAGCCAGGAAUCUUUAUUCAUAGGUAGAUACAGAUCUUGUGUACACAUGUAUGUAUUUGUAAUGUAUAUGUAAGUCAUAAAGUCUUUUUGAAAUAGAAAUAC